CUCGGGGCGGACCCCGCUCCCGGCGCAGCCCCAGCGCGGCCAGGCACCGGGCACCAUGCGCUGCGCCCCCCUCCUGCUGCUGCUGCUCUCCGCGGGGGACGCCGCGGUCAUCACCGGGGCUUGCGACAGGGAUCUACAGUGUGGGGGUGGCAUGUGCUGCGCUGUUAGUCUCUGGAUUCGCAGCCUCCGAAUGUGCACGCCAAUGGGCGACUUGGGAGAAGAAUGUCAUCCUUUGAGUAAUAAAGUCCCGUUUCUUGGGAGAAGAAUGCAUCACACCUGCCCAUGUCUGCCUAACUUGGCUUGCCUACGGAUAUCUCCUAGCAGAUUCAAAUGUUUACCAGAGUUCAGAAACGAAGAUGUCUUUUUUUAGCAGGAACAGUUCUUAACCAUAAACAGGCACUUCAUGUAUUUACAUUUUUCCUUGUUAUUGUGAUGAACAAGUUAUUUGCCAGAGGAAAUUCUUUAACAUACGUUCUUGCCUCGUAAACGUUGAAAACAAACAUUGCGAUACUGUGGUGUUAUGGCCAAGACUUUCAAAAGGGACUACUGAUAUCAGAUGCUUCCAUUUUUGGAUGCCCAAACUGAGAUAUCUUAAAGGGGAGUGAUUGGCAAUUUCAUAGCACUUUCUGGAAAUCAUGCCCCUUUAAAAUGUCCCAACGACAGGGCCCAGAAAUGGAAGCUUCCAAAAUCACUCGUCGCUUGGUAACUCUUGGCCAAUAUUUUUAUACUUGAAUAAGUUGAUUAAAAAUGUGAUGUGU